AAUUCCAGAUACCUACAAAAAACUAUUUUGAAAGGUCUUUCUUUUGCAAAUCAAGAAAUUUUAUUUUAUUUAAAACAAAAAUAAAAAUAUAAAUUAAAACAAAAUGCAUUCAAAUAGAGGAAACCGACCUCGUCCUCCACCAGGACUUAAAGGUCGUGACAUUGGUUUAUUUUAUAAAAAUUUAAAUAAAAACAAACAAAGUCGUGAACGUGAAGAAAGACGAACUGAACCUGGUCCCAGUGUAACACUGCCUGAAUGCACCCUCUCAGAAAUCGACAAAUUAUUACAAAAAUAUGAAAGCGAAUCCGAUGUUACUGAAGUUUGUAAAGAAUUUGAGAAUCGUUUUCAUGAUUUGCUUGGAAAAAACUUCCACGAAUUUGUCAGUAGUAAAAGUAAUUCAGAAGAUUUGAAAAUAGCUGACAAUCCCGCUUUUAAUGAAAAAGUUAAAUUAGAAUUUGAGCAACAAAAAAGCCAUGAAGUCUAUCAAAAACGUUUGCAUGCUAGAAAAUCGCUGCCUGCAACUCAGCAAGAAGAUGUCAUUCUCAAUGCCAUCAAUAAUAAUCAGAUUGUUCUGAUAGUGGGAAGUACAGGUUGCGGAAAGACAACUCAAAUUCCUCAAUUUAUUCUGGAUCAUUUCAUUGAGACUAGCAGAGGUUCUAGAUGUCAGAUUGUAUGCACUCAGCCAAGAAGAAUAUCGGCUAUAACAGUCGCUGAAAGAGUGGCUUAUGAAAGAAAUGAAAAUCUUGGAAAAUCUGUGGGUUAUUCUAUAAGACUUCAAGGCGUGUAUCCUCGUCCAAAUGCAUCUAUAUUAUAUUGCACAACUGGAACUCUAUUACGUCGCAUGGAAACUGAUCCGUUACUCUUUGAGCUGACCCAUAUAAUUCUCGAUGAAAUCCAUGAGAGAAGUGUUGAAACUGAUAUGCUCAUGGGACUUUUAAAGAAGAUUCUUCCCUACAGAAAAGAAAUCAAAGUUGUUCUUAUGAGCGCAACGGUUUCGCAGAGUGAUUUCCAACGAUAUUUCGAUGGCUGUUGUACUAUAGAAAUAGAAGGUACACUUUUUGAUGUUGAAGAUAGAUAUCUAGAAGAUGUUCUUCAAGAGACUGGUUUUAGACAUUUCGAAGCACAAAGAAAACAAACUCGUCAUGGAAGGUUCUCAAAAAAGAAUGAUUUUAACAAAGGCAUGGAAUUCCAAUCCAUAAUAGAACCCUAUGCUCGAGCAAUACGAAACAAAUAUGAUCGGCAUGUCCUGGACUCUAUUCGCAAUCCAAACUCAGAAGAAUUUAACCUGGAACUAGUCGAAAAUUUGAUAUUUUAUAUUUGUGAGAGAAAACCUCCUGGCGCUAUUCUAGUAUUCCUUACUGGUUUCGAUAAGAUUUCCAAACUAAACGCAUCCCUCCAAAACUCUCGACAUUAUCGAAGAAAUAAUCAUCUAAUAUUCACAUUACAUUCAUCAAUGCAAACUAUCGAUCAAAAAAGUGUUUUCAAUCGCCCACCGAAUGGAGUUCGAAAGAUUAUUCUCUCGACAAACAUAGCCGAGACAUCAGUUACAAUCGAUGAUGUUGUUUAUGUUAUAAAUUGUGGCAAAAUCAAACAAACUGAUUAUGAUGUUGAAUUGAAUUUACAAACACUUGGCGAACAAUGGGUAACGAUAGCGAAUGCACAACAGAGACGUGGUCGUGCUGGUAGAGUUCAACCAGGAAUUUGUUAUAAUUUAUAUACAAGAGCUCGUGAACGACUUUUAGAUGCUGUCCCAUCACCUGAAAUAGUUCGUUCGAAACUAGAAGGUGUACUUCUCAAUCUAAAGCUUUUACACAUCAACGAUGUUGCUGGUUUCAUGAGAACUCUCUUAGACUGCCCAAAUGAAAAAGCUAUCGAAUUAGGUAUAAGUUUACUUAAAAGAAUCAACGCUUUAGAUGAAAAUGAAACAAUCACUCCACUUGGCAUGCAUUUAGCCCGAUUGCCAGUCGAUCCUCAAAUGGGAAAAAUGAUCUUAAUGGGAACCCUAUUUCGAUGUGUGGAUCCAAUUACAACUGUUGCUUCAGCUAUUUCUUACAAGGAUCCAUUCUAUCUUCCCUUAGGUAAAGAAAAACAAGUUGAUGCAGCGAAAAAACGUCUUUCCAAUGACACAAAAAGUGACCAUUUGAUGAUAGUGAAUGUUAUUAAUGAAUAUCGACGUGCUCAGCAGUACAAUGCAGAAAGACAUUUUUGCUUUGACAAUUUUGUAUCUCAAUCGGUUGUUUCACAGUUGGAGAGAAUGAAGAAACAAUUUUGUGAAUUACUUGAAGGUGCAAGUUUUGCUGAAUCAUCUGAUCCUCGAGCACAAGAGUUAAAUAUUAACUCAAAUAAUUAUACGCUUCUUAGAGCUGUGAUUGCAGCAGGACUCUAUCCAAAUAUGGCAUACAUAAGAAAACUACGACGCAGUAGAAAUCGAGUUCAACCAGUUAUACAAAUGUCUACACCUACAGAUCGAAGUGUAAAAUUUCAUCCUACAUCAGUAAAUAGUACUGAACCUUCAUUUGAUUCACACUAUUUCACAUAUUUUCUUAAACGAAAAUCAACAAAUGUUUGUUUAUUGGAUUCAACAAUGGUAUUUCCAAUGGCUUUGAUUAUUUUUGGUGAUGGUAUUAAAUGUGGUGUCAAUGAAAAAGGAAGCACAUUUGUUUCGGUUGCUGAUUACCUUUAUUUCAAAAGCGAUCCAAUAACAAACCAAAUAAUAACCAGGCUCCGUACAUCGCUUGGAUUGCUUUUACAAAAGAAAGCUCUCUAUCCAUCGCCAAUUGAUUUCAACAGCAAAGAUGAAAUUUUAAUAAGUGCGAUCAAAAUUAUUCUUUCUCAUGACGAGGCUAUUCUAUUGGAUGAUGAGUUCGAUGAAUUUAUUAAUGGAUGUGAUGAUGAUGAUGAGUUUGCAGAUGACUAAAAAAAUAUAUAUAUGUAAGCUUUUGCAUUUUUUAUUGUUUUUUAAAGAACAGAAACAAAACACAAAAUUGUAAAUAAAUUAUGAACGGAAUGAAAUUUGAAUAACAAUCUUUUCUGUGUAACGUU